AGAUUUGAUGUUUGGGUCAUUGGUUUAUUUUGAUCAUUUUCCUCCAAUUAUCUUAAUGAAUGCAAGACAUGAACAAGACCGAAUCAAUAAGAUAGACAUUAUAAACAUUUGUUGUCUCCUUCAUGGCCGUGUGAAACAAUGCUAGAUGCUAGUUCUGGUCCAGCUUAAGAAACGGGUCACAAUGUUUUUGGAUCCAUCUCGACGGUAAAAAUUAGAUGUUUUCCGAACGAUAUGAUAUGAAAUUUUGUUAUACCUUCAAAUAAUUGAAUAAAAAGUGGUUUCAUCCUUGGUGGAAGAGAGUGUAAGGGAACAGCAGUUUUUGGAAGGUUAUGAGGUGAUUUGAAUGGUGGGGAAGGUUCCACAGUGAUGUAAAUUAAGUGGGUCAUUGAUUUUAUAUUCAGGAAAAGCAUGAAGACUGCAAUAUUCGACAAUCCCAAGACUUCCCGAAGUUUGUAUCAAUAGACAUUAGCAGCAGUUCUUUUAUGUGGGUGCAUCGAAAGUGUGCAAAGUCAGAAGUUUAUCAGCUGCAUUGUGGUUAUCUGAAGUAGAAUUGUAGAGGAAAUGGCUGUGGCAUUGGUCUGGGUGGCUGCUGGUUCACAGGAAUUGUGCUGCUCUGAGCGUUUUCAGCACUACAAUCAUGGUGGGUACGUGGUAUCAAGGAUUGCAGGAGCAAAAGUAAUGACAAAACUUGUAUCACAGGCAAAAUUUAAGAAUAAUAGAGUGAGAUUGUCCGUAAAAGCUGCCUUGGACGUCUCGAGUACGAAUCUCGCAUCAGAAAGUGUGAACGGGACCACCAGGUUCCCUGACUUGGCUGGUUUGGUGACAGAUGGUUCAGGAAGGCCUAUGCUGUCAUCAGAGAAGAAAGUAUAUGAUGUUGUGCUGAAGCAGGCUGCCCUGGUGAAGAAAGGAGAAAAGAGUCGGUUGCUGGAUGUGAAGCCAGACUUGGUGCCUGCUGGGACCUUGCAGAUCCUUAAUGAAGCUUAUGAGCGCUGCCGAGAAGUCUGUGCUGAGUAUGCAAAGACUUUCUACUUGGGAACGUUGCUUAUGACACCAGAGCGGCAAAGGGCAAUAUGGGCAAUUUAUGUAUGGUGCAGAAGGACUGAUGAACUCGUAGAUGGCCCUAAUGCUUCACACAUCACUCCAAAGGCACUUGAUCGAUGGGAACAAAGGCUACAGGAUCUUUUUAAUGGUAAUCCAUAUGACAUGCUUGAUGCAGCUUUAGCAGAUACAGUUGCGAGAUAUCCUGUUGACAUCCAGCCAUUUAAAGAUAUGAUUGACGGGAUGAGAAUGGAUCUGACAAAAUCUCGUUACAAGAAUUUUGAUGAACUCUAUCUUUACUGCUAUUAUGUUGCGGGGACAGUUGGAUUGAUGAGUGUUCCUAUAAUGGGUAUUGCACCGGAAUCACAAGCAACAACUGAAAGUGUAUAUAAUUCUGCAUUAGCUUUAGGAAUUGCAAAUCAACUUACCAACAUAUUGCGUGAUGUUGGAGAAGAUGCUCGUCGUGGCCGGAUAUACCUACCUCAAGAUGAGCUUGCACAAAGUGGACUAUCUGAUGAAGAUAUAUUUUCUGGGAAGGUCACUAACAAAUGGAGGUCAUUUAUGAAAGAUCAGAUCAGAAGGGCAAGAAUGUUUUUUGAUGAUGCAGAAAAAGGUGUCAUUGAACUUGAUAAAGCAAGUAGAUGGCCGGUAUGGGCUUCCUUGAUCCUUUAUCGCCAGAUAUUAGAUGCAAUUGAAGCUAAUGACUAUGAUAACUUCACAAAGCGGGCAUAUGUUGGGAAAGUGAAAAAGUUCAUGACAUUACCUGUUGCUUACACCCGAUCCCUUGUUCGUCCUCCACCAAAUACAAAAUUGGCUCCAAUGUUAUGAACACAGUAGCCAUAACAAAGGGGAAUUCAUAUCAUGGGCAUGUGUGGCUGUACAUUGUAACCAAUAGCCAUAAAAAGGGGAAUUCACCCAUGUAACCUCUGCAGAGGCUCACUAGAAUAUCCUAGACAAAAGGGUUUCCUUCUUGUACAAGCUCUUCUUUCCUUCUUGUAAGCUAAUAAAAUUAAAAAUUUCACAAAUUCCUGAAUAGGAAUGCUGGGGAACUUCGCAUAUUUGUCUCUAUUCUGCUUUGCCAUGACAACCUCAUAGUAUCCUGCUAGAAUAUUUGGAAGUUCCAAGUAUGGUGUCUUCUCCUUGUAGCAGUUACUAGAAUUACUCUGGACUCCGUGUACCAAAACCCACUGACUUGAGUGAGAUUCAUGUCAUGGGGUACAAUGGGAGUAUUGAAUGCAUGGAUAUUUAUUCAAAAUAAUAACCUUUAGAAGAUCAAUCUCCUUGAGACUUCUUGACAGUACAAAAUGCUGUCCACACUUGUUGAUGGUAUCAUAGCUGUCCAGUUGGUCUCAUCAGCCAGCCAAAGUUACCAUUGUAGGCAUUCUACAUUGGACUGUAUUACCUUGCCAUUUUUACUUUGACAAGGAUAAUACAUAUGCUGCACUUAGUGCUAUUUUCUUGGUAAACUGAACAAACACUGACACUUUCCUCGGCAACUAAGUUAAGAUUUAAUGCAUUAGGGUAUCCAACAUGAAACUUAACAAUAUUAUUUGGUUUAGAACCAUGCCUAAAGGUGCUUGAACUUGGAUCAUCAUUAUAUCAAUUGUUUUAAAUAUGGUAACAUGGUGUGCACAUGCAUUGACAUAAGUUCAAUGCCUAUCUUUGUGUCUCAUGGUUAUUUUGAUGUGCUCAAGAGUAUUACAAAUGAAUCCUUUGCUUCUAUUUGUGGAAACUUUCCUCUCCACUUUGUUGAAUCUAAGUUGAUGGGGCCAUGAUACAGUUACAUGACACCUUAGUUCGGUGACCUUAGUUUGACUCUCAAUUCUAGGCACCUUCAUGUCUAUGUUACACCCCAGUGUAUCAAGUGUAUUGGAUUAGGGGGUGCCUGACUAGUGGUGUGAUCAUUUUUACAAUCGAUUGGUUAGGAGUUGGGUAAUAAUGAUUAUGGGGUCACCUAGUGCAGUUAUACUACUUAUUAUUUGAACUAUACUAUAAAUUUUGUUCUAAUUGUAUUGAUGAAGGUUGUACCUCUUAAAGAGCCUCAAUUUGAUAUACAACAUUGUAUCGUUCAUAUAUUGCAUGGAUUUUCUUUGUUAUGCUCUUA